ACUAGAUGCUCUCUCUGUCCUGAGUUUGCGGAAUGAGCGAGGACGGCUGAAUGACUGGGAGCCCCGAGUUGUUUCCAUCUCCAAGAGAGGUCUGUCUGGAUAUUAUUUUUUUGCAUUAGAAAAAAAAAAAGAGCCAAGACUUUGAUCGUCCACCAUCUGACUGAAGUGAGUUUUGAUUGAAGUAGCCCAGCUGCUCUCCAUAUUGCUAGCAGCCGGGGAGGCUCCCUAAGUGAGCUACUUCUCAGGCUAGGCACGAGCGAAUUUGAAAAAGCAGGAAACAGCCCCUGCAGUAGCUUCAGCCUGGGAACUCCCCAGGCUAGUAUUCCAGACAGCUGUGUAGCUAGAGACCUUUGGUAUUGUGGUCACAUCCCUAAGAAGUGAACAGUCUUCAGCAGUGGCAUUUGGAGGAAGCCGGGAUGCUACAGAUGCUGUGGCAUUUUCUAUCUAGCUUUUUCCCUAGAGCUGGGUGCCAAGACUCCAGAGAGGGCAUCGAUCAUGGAGUCAAAGGCACCCAGGCCCCUGCUCGGGGAGACCAGAUGUCCACCUUUUUGGGGAAACAAAACGGAAGGGCUGAGGCCACGGAAAAGAGACCCACCAUCUUGCUGGUGGUCGGACCUGCAGAACAGUUUCCUAAGAAAAUUGUGCAAGCAGGUGACAAGGACCUUGAUGGGCAACUGGACUUUGAAGAGUUUGUACAUUACCUCCAAGAUCACGAGAAAAAGCUGAGGCUGGUGUUCAAGAGUCUAGACAAAAAGAAUGAUGGACGAAUCGAUGCUCAAGAGAUCAUGCAGUCCCUGCGGGACCUGGGUGUCAAGAUCUCUGAACAGCAGGCAGAGAAGAUUCUUAAGAGAAUACGAACGGGCCACUUCUGGGGCCCUGUCACCUACAUGGAUAAGAAUGGCACGAUGACCAUCGACUGGAAUGAGUGGAGGGACUACCACCUCCUGCACCCCGUGGAGAACAUCCCGGAGAUCAUCCUGUACUGGAAGCACUCAACGAUCUUCGAUGUUGGUGAGAACCUGACAGUCCCAGAUGAGUUCACAGUGGAAGAGAGGCAGACAGGGAUGUGGUGGAGGCACCUGGUGGCCGGAGGUGGGGCAGGGGCAGUUUCCAGAACCUGCACUGCCCCGCUAGACAGACUGAAGGUGCUUAUGCAGGUCCAUGCCUCCCGCAGCAACAAUAUGUGCAUCAUAGGCGGGUUCACACAGAUGAUUCGAGAAGGGGGUGCCAAGUCUCUCUGGCGGGGCAAUGGCAUCAACGUCCUCAAAAUUGCCCCUGAGUCAGCCAUCAAAUUCAUGGCAUAUGAGCAGAUGAAGCGCCUUGUUGGUAGUGAUCAGGAGACACUGAGGAUCCAUGAAAGGCUUGUGGCGGGUUCCUUGGCUGGGGCCAUUGCCCAGAGUAGUAUCUACCCAAUGGAGGUUCUGAAGACCCGGAUGGCUCUGCGGAAGACAGGCCAGUACUCGGGCAUGCUGGACUGUGCCAGGAGGAUCUUGGCUAAAGAGGGUGUAGCUGCCUUCUACAAAGGCUACAUCCCCAACAUGCUGGGGAUCAUUCCCUAUGCUGGCAUUGACCUAGCUGUCUAUGAGACACUGAAAAAUACCUGGCUACAGCGCUAUGCCGUGAACAGUGCAGACCCUGGUGUGUUCGUUCUCCUGGCCUGUGGCACUAUUUCCAGUACCUGUGGCCAGCUGGCCAGCUACCCACUGGCCUUGGUCAGGACCCGGAUGCAGGCACAAGCCUCCAUUGAGGGCGCACCUGAGGUAACCAUGAGCAGCCUCUUCAAACAGAUUCUGCGAACUGAGGGGGCCUUUGGGCUAUACCGAGGGCUGGCCCCCAACUUCAUGAAGGUGAUUCCGGCUGUGAGCAUCAGCUAUGUGGUAUACGAGAACCUGAAGAUCACUCUGGGCGUGCAGUCUCGGUGACGGGAGGGUGGCGGACUUGGUGAUCCUGGGCUACAGCCCAGGAUGUGCAGCCAUCUCAUUCUGUGAAUGUGCCAACACUAAGCUGACUUACCCAAGCUGUGAAACCCAGGAUGCCACAGGGGAGGGGCAGGGACUGGCAAGCUCUAGGCUGGUCCUGCUGACCUGGCAGACCCUUGUGUCCCUUCCAAGGAAGACCUGUGGACAUUCCUUGGAGUCCAGAGGUCAGUAGGAAUGUGGGCUCCUGCACCUAGAGACAGGAUGUUUUCUGCAGUGCCUGCCAGAUAGUGAGCUUGGAGGCCAGCUUAGCUCUUCCAUCUCGUCCACGAAGCCAGCCAUCAGCCACCCUCCCUCUGGUCCAAAGAGCAUUCCUGUGCCCCUCAUGUCUUUCCCAUUGAUGUGCUGUGGUAGGAAGUGGGCCUGUCCCACUUCUUGUCCCUCUCCCUUAGUGCUGCUCCUCCAAACCUGUUUCCCAGGCUGCAGCAUCCUAUAGACCUGUGGUAUGGGAAGCUGAAGAAGUACCCUACAUCCUGGCCUCUUCUGAGCUCACCGGCAAGGCUGCCUGGAUGUGUCUGGGUACUCAGGCACUGGCUGCCUGGCACCAUGGUGCAUGGCUUUGCUGAAAGCUAGUCUAGGACCUGGAUCCCAGAGGGUUUGUGCUGCCUGCAUGGGCCUGAUGUCCUCUGAGCUGUCCCUAAUCCCUGUCAGGACUGGCACCACACUUACUGUUCCAUUCUGUGGUGUGAGGGUGGGGCAGGGUAUCAGCCCUUUGUGUGCUGUCCUGAUGAAAAGGAAAACAUGCUGAAGGCCUUAAUCAUGUCUUACUGGGGAAAGGAUUUGGUUCGGAAGGACAAGCUGGACACUGCGCAUGUGCCGUACUUAAGAGAAAGCAGGAGAGGGUGCGGAGGGAAGUGGUUUGGCUGCUUUAAAGUCUGUUCAAGGUCCUGUGGGCCGAGUGGGACCAGCCUCACAUUCCACACGGCGUAUCACACUGCUUGGAGCCUAUUUAUUUUGUAUUUAUUUGAACAGAGUUACGUCCUAACUAUUUUUAUAGAUUUGUUUAAUUAAUAGCCUGUCAUUGUCAAGUUCAUUUUUUAUUCAUAUUUAUGUUCAUGGUUGAGUGUACCUUCCCAUUACCACCUGGUGGGGGGUGGGGAGACAAGGUGGGAAAGUGGCCACAGAGUGACCUUACCUGCUACCUACACAGACGGUAUGUCUGUCCAAAGAAAUUUCCCUCCCAACUGGAAACAGAAGGAAAGGCACAAGGGGAGGACCCUUGCUGUGGAGAGUAUCCCCUGGCAGGCCGGGUAGGGUAGCGGGGAAAGGUGGCAGUUUACCAUCCUUUCCUGGACUGAGAAUUCCUUUGUUUUGCCCUUUUGCAAUGACAAGGCAGUGGGUGCUUCACUGGGAAUUUGGUACAUGGGUGAGGACUAAAGGACCAGAUAGCCUGCCCCCCAACCUGUGACCUGGGCUCCCUCCUGGCCCACAGCUGCCCUUGCUCAAUGAGUGGUCAGCUGGCCACUUGGCAAUUGUGCCUCCAUUGUCCCAGAACAGCCUGAUGAAGAAAAUCCAAAUAGUAUGCAAAGAUCAAUGCAAAAAUUACCGUUCUGUACAGUCUGUUGCCGUAACUGGAGUUGUCCAAGGCAAGCAGCCUUCUAAUAAAGUUGCUUCAACUGUGA